AAUCCUCCAGCAAGAAAUCGAUUAAAUGGUCACGGUGCACGGGAAACUGGAGGUGGUGCCAAAACUCAACGUCAUCAUCUCCCAACGCUGCAGCAGACACGAAAGAACGAGCUACAAUGGAAAUCAUCAAUCACCAAAGUUUUGAAUGAACACACAUUUGAUGGUGGGAAGGCAGGCAUCUCCUUGUUCGAAAAGAGGAAGAUGAAGAAGCAGAGAUUGCUGAGGAGGAGCGGAGUAUCGGGCCGGCGAUGAUUACAAAUGUGUUGUAAAUUGAAUCAUGUGACUCGAUAUUCAACUUGGGAUUCCGUGUCUGGGAAGGAAGAUUUCGUUCCAUGGUCUGAAAGACUGAAACCGAUCAGGGCGGAGUAAGAUUUCGGAAUCCUUGUGAUUGUUCAACGAUAUCGAGGAUUUUGGUCAGCGGAUCGUAAUUCAAGGGGUCGCUGAUCUUGAAUUGGAUGGGAAGGGAGCUUAAGAUGGCUUCAGGCUCCAGUGCGAGCCCAUCUCAGUCCAGCGGGGCUCGUCUGAAAGAGAAAAACACGGUGGAGUUUGACACAGAUAAUUACUUCCUCGAAAAAUUCACGUUGUAUGAAACACGAGCGAGGUUCUACAUGGUUGGGAGGGAUAAGGCGAAGGUACAUUUUAGGGUGCUGAAGAUUGAUCGAUCAGAGCCUGCUGAGCUCAACAUCAGUGAGGAUCCGGUCGUCUACACCCAAGAAGAAUGCAUCAAUCUCUUGCAAAGAGUUGCCCAAGGGAACCUCGCGACUGGAGGACUAACCAAAGUUACCAAAGCCUACGGUAUUGUGGGAUUUACACAGUAUUUGGAAUCAUAUUACAUGAUCUUGGUGACAAAGCAUCGUCAGAUUGGAAUGUUAUGUGGACAUGCAAUCUAUGCAAUCGAAGAAAGCCAAAUGAUCACGGUUCCACAUUCUUCUGUCCAAACGGACGUAGCAAACUCCAAAACAGAACUCAGGUACAAAAAGCUCCUGUCUGGUGUGGACCUUACGAAAGAUUUCUUCUUCAGUUACACAUAUCGUAUCAUGCAAAGUCUACAACGGAAUGUUCUUGUUCAGGAUGGUGAAUCUCUACCUUACGAGAACAUGUUUGUUUGGAAUGCCUUCUUGACGCGAGGCAUUCGAGAAAGACUGAAUAACACCAGGUGGACUGUUGCCCUAGUUCAUGGAUUUUUCGAGCAGGCAAAAUUUUCCAUAUUCGGCCGUAUAUUUGUCAUCACGCUCAUUUCCAGAAGGUCAAGACACUUCGCUGGAACAAGGUACUUGAAGAGAGGUGUUAAUGAUAAGGGUAAAGUUGCAAAUGACGUGGAAACUGAACAGAUAGUACUUGACGAGGAAUGUGGAUUUGGAACAACUCUGGGUCAAAUGAGCUCGGUGGUUCAAAAUCGGGGUUCUAUUCCACUAUUUUGGUCUCAAGAAGCCUCUCGCCUCAGCCCCAAACCAGACAUUAUUCUGCAUAGAAUCGAUCCUAUCUACAAAGCAACAGCACUGCACUUUGAAGAUCUCGAACAACGUUACGGCAAUCCCAUUAUUAUCUUGAAUUUGAUUAAGACGGUGGAGAAGAGGCCUCGCGAGAUGAUGCUUAGGCGGGAAUUUGCCACUGCGGUCGGGUAUUUGAACAACAUACUUGCUGAAGAGAGUCGCUUGAAAUUUAUACACUGGGACUUUCACAAGUUUGCAAAGAGUAAAUCAGCAAAUGUUUUGCCAGUCCUUGGUGCUGUUGCUGGUGAGGCUCUGGAUUUGACGGGCAUAUACUACAGUGGGAAACCUUCUGUUGCUAAGCGUCCUUCUCGACUGAAACGGUCUUCUACAUCUCCGUUAAAAAACAUGCUAGGGCGAGGCUCUCCUCCUGCAGUGCCCGAACCAAGCAGAGAUUUUGGGACCAUUUCUAUGACUGGAGCUACUACCAGUGCGCGAGAUUCAGAGAACGAUUGCAGCCGGGAGAAGAAAUUCUUGAGAUCAAAAGAGCCUCAGUUUCAGCGCGGUGUUCUGAGAACAAACUGCAUCGAUUGCCUUGAUCGCACCAAUAUUGCGCAAUUUGCAUGUGGUCUGGCAGCUGCAGGCCGACAGCUUUACGCUUUGGGCCUUACUGAUACCUUAAAGCUUGAUGCAGGUGGUUUAUUUGGCAGAGCAUUAGGGGACAUGUAUAAAAGAAUGGGGGAUGCAAUUGCUCUGCAGUACGGUGGUUCAGCUGCGCACAAUACUGUGUUCCCCGAAAGGCAAGGAAAGUGGAGAGCUACUACACAGUCACGGGAGUUCUUGAAGUCAAUAAAACGGUAUUACAGCAAUACAUAUACGGACGGGGAAAAGCAGGAUGCCAUUAACUUAUUUUUGGGGCAUUUUCAGCCUAAAGAAGGAAAGCCUGCUUUGUGGGAACUUGAUUCUGACUACUAUCUACAUGUGGGCGGUUAUGGCGAUGAAUCUCCGAGGGAAGCCAACAGGGUUGAACAGAACAUUGUUGAUCCAAUGCUUAGGCAAAAUUUAAGUAGUGCUUUGGCAGCAUUACCUUCUUAUCGGGCAGACUACCAUCACAAGAAACUCACAUCCUUCGACAAGCUGUUGAAUAUGACAUGUGGUCCAUUGAAGAACGUCCGCAUGUAUAUGGAAUCGGAACUCAAAGUGGGAGCCCAAUCAGCCACAGCGCCUGCGCCUGCGCCUGAUGCAGCAGAAGUGCAACUAAGGAGUCCAAACUGGUUAUAUGGUCAGCCCAAAAUUGAGGAUCCCAAUCCAACCAAAGCAGAAACAUCAGAAUCCUCUGCCAGCAAAACUGGUCCCGACAACCAGGCUACACGUGAUUUUUCGGAAUUCGACUGGCUAUCUUCAUGUGGGCUGCGAGAGAAGAGCAUUUGUGACAGUCAACACCCUCAAUACUUGAUGUCUGAAGAAGUUGAAGAGGGCUGGGAUGGAACAAGUCUACUCACUGACUCUGAUUUCAAAGAAGAAGUCGAUGUGGACACCUCGUCCGAGGAUUCUUCAGAUUUUCUUUUUGUGAAUUAUAUAAAUGAGGAUGAUGGGGAGUUAAAGGUCAAAGGAGACGAUGUAGAAGCUGCCAUGGAGGAGGCUCUCAAAGAGUAUCAAGACCUUGGCGUUGAUGUGGCGAGCAUCCUGCCUGGCGGAAAACCAUCUGUGGAGUUUACCAGCAGCUUUGCACGAUGGCUAUUCAGACCGGAUGUUGAGGGCGAAGAAUGUUAAUGAUUGAUCGUUGGAGUGAUGAAGUGCGCUUUGUAUGUAUGUGAUGCGAAAUUUGAUUAGGCGGCAGUAUUCGAACGCGCCAUUAAAAAACAUGAAGUUUUUUAGUGGUCCGGUAGGGAGCCCUGUACAUUAUGUUACACUUAAAUUCAUCAAUUAUAAAAGGAGAAGGAUUUUGAACUUCAGUUUUUAAGUACUGCCCAAUUUAAAAAGUGGCAGAGGCAGACUAGUAUGUUCCUUAGGAGUAGUAAUACAGGUACGGAGUUUAUAUAUUCCCGCAGACUUGUUUCCUACCGAGAUGCCCCAAGAGGAGUAUUGUGGGUUGUAUUAUGGUUGGCAUUGUUGUGUACUAUAUAUUCAAGUGUUCAAUUUACCCUUCAACGGGAAUGCUUCA